CUGGUCAGGAAUCCCAAGUCCAAGUCCAAGUUAUCCAGAGAUUCAGAGAAGUCCAGAAGAAUUCCAGGAGAGAUCGGAGAGACCAAAGCAGUUCAUUGCAUUAAUUUUCUGAAAAUUUGUACUCCGCGUAUUCCAAAAUGUCUGACACUUCUUUAAAGGACAUUUCUAAGUUAAAGGUUGCUGAUUUGAAGCGCGAGUUAAAAGUUCGUGGGCUCAGCACUGUCGGGAACAAGCAGGAGUUACAAGAUCGUCUUCAAGUUGUCUUACAAGAUGGUACAGAUUCAUCAUUACUGUUGGACGAUACUGGUACUGUGGACACUGAGGACAUCCUAAAUGAAGAUGAUGUGCUAGCUGACGAAGAUGAUUCUAAUACCAUUGCUACACCUGAUGAAGGAAGUGCCUCACUAAAACGACAGCUGGAUGAGGAGCUAGAUGAUGAAAUUGUGACAAGUACACCUGGAGAAAAGGGAAGUGUAGCUCAGCCGCAAGAUAAUGGGCCUCCAGCAAAAAAAAUCACAUUAAAUCGGAAGGCUAUUUCUCAGCAAGUCACUCCAACUCUGUCAGAAAAGUCAGAUGGGGAAGAAAAGAAAGAUGAAAAAGAUGAUGGGGAGAAGAAAGUUGUCAAACUGUCAGAAAUCAGCAUGAAAGAGCGCCUUGCCUUAAGAGCGGUUAAGUUUGGAGCCCCAGCUUCAGUUGAAGCCAAGAAAGUGGCCCGUGCUGCUAGGUUUGGUGAAACUGCCUCAGCUGAUUCAAAGAAAGAAGCUAGAGCUGCCCGGUUUGGUUCUUCAGCCUCCUCUGUCACAUCGGCAGGCAAUGUUCCCGAAGUAAAUGUGGAUCUACUGAAGAAGAGGGCUGAACGGUUUGGUGUCCAGGCUGGGAGCAAAAUAGAACUGGUGGAGAUGGAAGAGCGUAAGAAGAAGAGGCUAGAGAGAUUUGGUGGAUCGUCGACACCAUCUACAACAUCCACAACAUCCACUAAUGGUUCCUCUAAAGUCAUAACUUCAAAACCUGAACCAGUUGCUGUGUCAACAAAACCCGGUAGGGUUCCAAUCACUGCACCCUCGUCAUCAGUAUCUAUCAAAGCAAAUUUGGAUGAUAAGAAGAAAAUGAGAGCUGAGCGUUUUAAAAGCAGUACUGCUGUGUCUGCAAAGUGAUUUUUUUCUUUGUAAUUAAAUGACGUGUUCCUUUUUAAGAAGUGAAAGGCUAAUUUUUGUUUUUUAUUACUACUGGAUAUUUCGGUACCACAUCCUUCAAUUCUUUUCUUACUUGAUUUAUUUAGAGUGUAAGUGAUUCAAUAAUGUAUUUGGUCAUAGUUGCAAGUGGCAUAUCACUGAGAAUUUAUUGAUCUUCAAUAAUGCGUUCUUUUCUCUCCGUUAGGUUUAUUUUCCAUUUUUGAAUUUAUUAUAGGUACUUUUAUCUUAUUCCAUACCUAUUAUGAGGAAAAAAUUGGUUUUAUUGUAAUUUUUUAGUCUAUGACUUCAACAAACCUCACCUGAUUUCCUUACCGAGUGUCCACAAACUUGUAGCAUAGCAGGCAUAGCACCUGGUGUAGCACAUAACUGGAUGAGUUUGAUCUAUAUUGAACCAUGGGGUGAGAUUGUCAAGUUUCAGUGUUCUGUUGUAUGUAUUAAAUGAAAUAAUUUCUAGUGA